GCCUGGACCUUUGUCUUCUUUUCUGGUGAAACUAUCUCCUACGACCUGAGUCCCAUAGGGUAGAUCGUAGUCGAUGCUUUUCGCCGGGAAAGCUCACCAUGGCUGGUGGGCCCUUGGGCCGUCAGUUCGACGUCAUCGAAGUCGAUCUUGAGGAUUCUCGGUUACGUCAACUCUGAUGCCCCCGUGUAUAAAAGACCUCUGGCUCACAGGGCUGGUGUUUUGGACAUGGCUCCAUCUUAACCACCUUCUCAGCGUUGCAAACAAAGCUCACUUGACCUUACAUCAUAACGAAGCAAUAAUCAACAUUCCAGAUAUUGUCACGAGCCAACGACACGACAACGCAAAUAUGGGCGAGUCCAAGCAAGAUAUCAUCGACAGGCGUCAGGCCAACCUUCCCCUCCCAGAACAGCCGCCCGUUGCGUCAGACUGGCAGUCUGCAGAUGCGAGGAACGUGAACGUCGGCUCAGGAAGGGUCCAAUCCGAUAUCUCGGCCGGCGACGCAGCCUCGACCGGCCUCAGAGAGCCAGCAACCGUUUCGGCAGGGGCCGACAUGAGUGGGAUUGGCAGGCAAGGAAAAGACAACCUGAAGGAGAAGCCCAAAGAUGCCCGGUCAUCUUGAGGCCGAGGGGUCAAGCUAUAGGAAUGUUGCUGUGCUUGGAAUCCUCGGGGGGAUAUAUGAUUGGUCCGUGCGUCUUUGCGGGUGUGUCAACGUGGCGCAUACCCAUCCGUGAAGGGUGAACUUCUGGAGAUAUCAGGGACAUUCUAGACUGCUACCAAGCCUUUUAACAUACCACAAUAAAGUAUUAGCCACCUUCUGAGA